AUGUUUAGAUUGAAUCUUUUUACAAAAAUAAAAACCAUCAACAAUUUCGAUACAAUAAAUUGCUUAAGAUACAAAUCUUCCAUUGUUUCUCAAAUCCCAACACCAUUUACAAAACAAACAAAUAUCAUGUAUAAGCCUGCCUACCCAUUAUCAAAUCCAAAGGAAGGAGAUCUUAAACCAACAGCUGGUAGAAGUGUACCUGUAACAAAUAAUAAUGUAUUACAAUCUUAUAGGCGUGUAAACACUAUACUUUUUCUUAAUAAAACAAGGCUUGAGGCAAGAAGAAAUAGAUAUUAUGAAAAACCAACUGUAAAACGUAGACGAGUAACAAGAGAAAUUUCUGAACAACGGUUCAAAGAAGCUGUAAAGAAAAAAGUUUCAUUGAUUUUGCAAAUGAAACAAAGAGGAGUAUAA